CAUUUAGUUUAUUUAUUUAUUCCCGACUUUUUAACAACAGAAAACUCUCUCUCCUCCCCCCCCCUCUCCCUCACAAAUACAAUUAUACUCCCUCCUCUCUCUCUCUCUCUCUCUCUCUCUCCAAACAGCUUUAGCGUAGAGCUUCGACGCGAAUCGUUGGGAACGAGCCUCGCUUUAACGACAGCGAGGAGAGAACAGCGUAAAAGAGGUUACUUUUUUUUUUUUUUUUUUCUAUAAAAAACAAAACCUAAAAGAAGGAGGUGAUUGUAGGCGACAAAAAUAUUUGGUAAAGAGGAGGAUUUGGUUGGUAAUGUGGCUUUUCCGGGGGAUUUAAUGAGGAAAGGGAACGAAGAACAAGCCCAUUUGUGGGGUUUGUUUACUUUGGAGGAAUCGAAGAAGCGGCGGGCGAAAUAGAUGAUAUGAUUCGGAGGAGGCUAUACCUAUAAGAGAGUAGGAGGUGGUUUGCUCUUCUUUUCAUUCCUUUUCUUUUUCUUUCUUUUUUUUUUUUUUUUUUUUUUUUUUUUUUUUUUCUCCUUUCUCUAAUGGAGGAGAAAGGGAAAGAGGAGAAGGAAAAGAUGAUAGAGGAAUGCUGUGCGCUUCAUAAGGAUGCAUUCAUCAUUAAGCCUACGAAGAGAUAUCCACUUGUAUUAUUGAUGGCUAUGUUGUCUCUGGUGAUGAUCGUUGGCAUCUAUAUAUUUUCUCUAUGUUUAAAGCAAGGAGGAAUUGUUGCAACGCCUAAUCAAAUGAAAGUUAGUGUGACCAAAAGACCUUGUCAUCAUCCCACCGCUGCGGCUUCUGAGAUUCCGUAUAUCCACUAUCCGGAACCCACUACUUAUAGUAGAGAAGAAUGUGCAUGCACGCCAGUUCGGUUGUUUGCAAUUCUGUCAAUGCAAAGGUCAGGAAGUGGGUGGUUCGAGACAUUGUUGAAUAGCCAUAUUAAUGUUAGCUCCAAUGGUGAGAUUUUUUCAGUAAAGGUAAGGCGGAGUAAUAUUUCGACAAUCACGAGUACGUUGGAUAAACUGUAUAAUCUGGACUGGUACAGUAGUGCUGCGAAAAAUGAGUGCACAGCUGCAGUUGGUUUAAAGUGGAUGCUUAAUCAGGGUCUCAUGCUUCAUCACAAUGAAAUAGUCGAAUACUUUAACCGAAGGGGAGUUUCGGCAAUUUUCCUUUUCAGAAGAAAUCUGCUCCGCCGCUUGGUCUCGAUACUUGCAAAUACUCAUGAUCGCGAUGCCAAGCAAUUAAAUGGAACCCAUAAAGCUCAUGUACAUUCAAAAAAUGAGGCUGAUGUUCUUGCUAGAUAUAAGCCCACUAUUAAUACUACACUGUUGAUUCCCGAACUAAAGCGUGCCGAUAAUUUGGCUGCUGAUGCCCUCCAAUACUUCAACAGCACACGCCACAUUGUUCUCUACUAUGAAGAUCUUGUGAACAACCACACUAAGCUAAUGGAUGUUCUGGAUUUCCUCCGAUUGCCAAAGAGAAAGCUCUCAAGCCAACAUGUAAAGAUCCACACAAGGCCGUUGGCUCGACAGGUUGAAAACUGGGACGAUGUUUACAAUGCUCUGAAGGGGACCGAAUUUGAGAGGUGCUUACGCGCCGAUUACCAAGUGUAGAAUAAUUUGGGCCAAAUUGGUGUAAAUAACCUCCGAUGGGUUUUUCUUCAUCCUUGUUUUUCUCUCUUUUCUAACUUUUAUACACGAGCCGACAGCAAUGAAAUCAAACAUCGUCGGCAAUUUUGGCCAUCAAAAUGUCAACUGAUUCGGUUAGUUGUCUUGUAAGUUUUCUUCCUUUCAUUCUGUAAACAUUCUUUAAUUCAUAUUCUAGUGAAUGCAAUUAUAGACCUGAAAUCUUUCAGACUUUGGUAUCAUUUUGCGAUUGCAAUAUGUAAGUUAAGACGGCAAUUCAGUGUA